GAGCCUCAGAUGACGCUGCCGAUGGCUGACUCCGCUGGGCCGCGCUCUGCCGGUCUCAAGGCCCGGGGCCCCCGCGCCUCCAGAAACGCCGCAGGUGCUAAACAGACAAAUGCCUUAAAACAAGAAGAUGCUUCUAAAAGGAAAGCAGAACUAGAAGCAGCUGUGAGAAAGAAGAUUGAAUUUGAGAGAAAAGCUCUACAUAUUGUUGAACAGCUUUUAGAAGAGGAUAUUACAGAAGAUUUCCUAAGGGAAUGCGGGAAGUUCAUCACACCUGCUCACUAUAGUGAUGUCGUGGAUGAGCGUUCUAUUAUUAAACUCUGCGGUUAUCCCUUAUGUCAGAAGAAACUAGGAAUUGUACCAAAACAGAAAUACAAAAUUUCUACCAAAACCAAUAAAGUCUAUGAUAUUACUGAAAGAAAGUGUUUUUGCAGCAAUUUUUGUUAUAAAGCAUCUAAGUUUUUUGAAGCACAAAUUCCUAAAACUCCAGUAUGGGUUCGAGAAGAGGAAAGGCAUCCUGAUUUUCAGCUGCUACAGGAAGGACAAAGUGGCCAUUCUGGAAAGGAAGUACAGUUAUGCACUAAGGCCAUUAAAACAUCAGAUAUUGACAAUCCUGGCCAUUUUGAGAAGCAUUAUAAAUCUAGUUCUUCUAGCUCUCAUGGUGAUAGUAGCAGUGAUAAUGAGCAAGACUUUGUUUCCUCCAUUCUACCAGGAAACAGACCAAAUGCAAUGGGUGUAAGUCCACAGCUGCACAAAAAAAGCAUUAUGAAAAAGAAAGCUGGUCAGAAAGCUAACUCUAAACAUGAAGACAAAGAACAGACAGUAGUAGGUGUCACUGAGCAGCUAGGCAAUUGCAGAAUAGAUAGUCAUGAGAAAGCUGCUGCUUGUGAACUUCCUUUACAGAAAGUAAGUACUCAGAUUUCUUCAAAUAGUCCUUUGCAAGAAAAAUUAGAAGCUACAGAAAAUUCUGAAAAUAAAUACAGUAGUUCAAAAAUAACUCUAGUAGGCAUAAGUAAGAAAAGUGCUGAGCAUUUUAAGAGGAAAUUUGCCAAAUCAAUCCAAGUUUCUAGGUCAGCCUCUAGUCCGAUGCAGAUGUGUCCUGAAGUUGCAAAGGCAAACUUACUUAAAGUCCUGAAGGAGACUUUGAUUGAAUGGAAGACAGAAGAAACUUUGAGGUUUUUGUAUGGCCAGAAUUACGCUUCUUUGUGUCUGAAACUCUCUUCAGCCCCUCUGGUUAAAGAACAAGAACUUGAUGAAGAUGACAUACACUCUGACCCAGAUAGACAUUCCCCUGCCUUGCAGGAAUCUCAGCACAGCUUGGAUGAGUCUUUACCUUUUAGGGCCUCAGAUACAGCCAUUAAACCACUGCCAAGUUAUGAGAACUUGAAAAAAGAAACUGAAACAUUGAAUCUGAGGAUAAGGGAGUUUUAUAGAGGACGAUAUGUUUUGAGUGAAGAAACCACCAAAUCACAAGACUCAGAAGAGCCUGAUCCCACCUUUCCACUGAUAGAUUCAAGUUCUCAGAACCAGAUUAGAAAACGCAUCGUACUUGAAAAGUUGAGUAAAGUAGUGCCUGGACUUGUGGGGCCUCUUCAGAUCACAUUAGGAGAUAUUUAUGCACAACUGAAAAAUCUCAUCCAAACUUUCAGAUUAACAAAUAGAAAUAUUAUACACAAACCUGCAGAGUGGACCUUAAUUGCUGUGGUGUUGCUGUCAUUACUGACCCCAAUUCUUGGCAUUCAGAAGCAUUCUCAGGAAAAUGUGGUGUUUACACAGUUUAUAGAGACUUUGCUUGAAGAAUUACAUUUGAAGAAUGAAGACCUUGAAAGCUUAACCAUCAUAUUUAAAACCAGCUGUUAACCACGGAGUGGUAUAAUCCAUGAAGACCGAAUAGAAGAUGAUCGUCUAUUCAUCAUUUCUGGAAUUCUAGCUACAAUAAUGUUUUGGUGGUAACUGAUAACUAGCUUUGUUCCAAGAAAGACCUCUUUAGAUUUCAGUCCCCUGCUUCCCGGUCCCUAACUAUACAGUGACUUCCCCUAGAUAGAGGAGAACCAUUUUUCCAACAAGGAUAACCAAGUCCUUGCAUCCCUAGCUGUAAGACAUAGUAUUUUUAUUUACUUGAAAAUGAAAAUUGAAAUCUUAAGUUGAAACGUUAAUAAAUAUUGAUCUUAUUUAUUGGUUGAGAGACAUUUGAGAACAUUCCCAUUUUGGCCUCACAAUCUAAACUCUAGAUUCUUAAAACAGUGAAGAGUUCAAUAAAUGCAACCUAAGAUGAAGCCUUUGGAAGUCUAGUCAGUCACUAUUCUUUUAAAGAAACUGUGCUGUAAAAUGGUCCUGAGCAGUGUAAUCUUACAAGUCCAAAACAGGAGUAUUCCAGAAUUUUCUGGACUCGACUAAAAAAAGGAAACUAGUUUGUUUUCAAAAUUUACACAGCUUUUUCAAAAUGUCUGUCAAGCAUGCAAGUUACAAGGCCUCCAGAGUGGUUAAGGGUGGUGGGGGGGGGGGCCCUUAGACAAUUUGGGAAGCCUUACUGGAGGGCCAAGAAACAAAAUAAGAAUCAGAUCUACACUCUUGGACACUGGAGGAAAUGACAGCUGCUAGAAGUCUAACCAUGGAAAGGGUCCAGAAAGCAGCCUGAUGGAGUGAGGAGCUUAAUGGACAAGAAUCUACAAGUUCAGUAAGUCACAGGCUACAAUGUACAGAAAUCAGCUGUUUUUGUAUAUUAGCAAUGAAAAAUCCAAAAAGGAAGAAAAUUCCAUUCACAGUAGCACCAGAAAGAAUUCAAUACUUAGUAAAUUUAACAAAAGAAGUACAAGACUUGUGGGGUGCCUGGGUGGCAUAGUCAGUUAAGCGUCUGACUCUUGAUUUCAGAUCAUGUCCUGAUCUCAGUGUCUUGAGAUCGAGCUGUGGGUUAGCUCAUGCCCAGCACAGAGUCCGCUUGAGAUUCUCUCUCCUUCUCCCUCUGCCCCUCCUACUUGUACA